UAAACACAUUCGACCGCAGUGCACCGCUCCGAGCGACCGCCGCGCUACCGACGACAGCCACGGCUGAUCGAAAAUUCGCGACUGUAAUGUUUAACGUAAAUAAAUAAACUAGUUUAGUAUAGUAUCAAACGAUUACGAAUAAUUACGAUUCUAACAGUUGCAUCGUAGCAUAGUGUUGUCCUAUUCGAGUCAUUGUUGUUACUUUUUGAAAUUAGAACGAACAGGUAAACCACCACAAGAAUCUCGCAGACCUCGCGCUCCAGCUUUCACGUUUGGCCAUAAGCUUGAUCCACCCGGCAACAACUCCAGGGCUGGUCCUGGACCUGCCACAUACAACACAGAAGGAAUGACAGCUAAAGCACCGAACACAUAUUCUAUGCCCCCUGUGCUUGGAGAAGCAAAGGAGGGUGGGAAACGCGCAGCACCAGCCUUUAGCAUCACAGGCCGUGGUAAAACAUUGGAGUCGAAGAUCCCGUUGCCGGGGCCCGGCACCUAUACCACAGACAAAGCCUCUGCAGUGCUCACAAAGCGCCCUCCUGCUUACACCAUCGCCCCAAGACGAGAGUCCAAACCUCCGACAGCCAUCGUUCCCGGACCCGGUGUCUAUUGCCCUGAAAAGGGUACCAAGAAAGUGCGCGACAAAAUCACAAGAAACACAAUUUCAAGAAAAAUGAAGUUCGAAAGGACAGAGCAAGUUCCUGCACCUAACGCUUAUUGCCCUGAAAAGGCUGAUAGAGUAUUAAGAGAAAAGUCGCCUGCAUUCUCAUUUGGAACUAAAACAGAAAUUAUUAAAAUUCAAAAUGCACCUGCACCUAACGUUUACUCACCGGAAAAAUCUCUCCAUUCGUUGAAGAAUGGACCUAAAUAUACCUUAGCUGGUAAAGGGAUAGCUGAAAAGCAUGAAGUUACGCCAGGCCCUAAUUAUUACACUCCUCAAAAAGCUGAUAAAAUACUGCAUGGAAGUUCGCCAGCGUACACAAUGCGGUCAAAAGAAGUAGUAGAAAAAUUUGAACAAACACCAGCUCCAAAUGUUUACUCACCAGAAAAAUCUAUACACAUGCUAAAUGGUGGACCUAAAUAUACAAUUUCAGGUAAAGGAGUAUGUUCCAAGUUAGAACAAACUCCAGCACCAAAUAGCUAUUGCCCUGAGAAAGCUGACAAAGUUCUACAUGAAAGUUCACCAGCUUAUUCAUUCAGAAUUAAAGAUCAAUCUGUUGUAAGGAGUGAUUCUCCAGCUCCUAAUGUUUACGCACCAGAAAAAUCUAUUCACAUGUUGGAUGGUACUCCAAAAUUCACCAUGAGUGGCAAAGGACACAAUGAAAAAAUUGAGAGUACUCCAGCUCCUAAUGCGUAUUGCCCUGACAAAGCUGAUAAAAUUCUUCACGAGUCGUCACCGGCCUAUACGUUUAGAACAAAAGAUCAAGUGCAUAAACCUGACAAUACGCCAGCACCUAACGUCUAUGCACCAGAGAAUUCUAUAAAAAUGCUUCACAGUACGCCCAAAUUUAGUUUAGCUGGAAAAGGUCAUACUCCUAAAACCGACUAUGUCCCAGCUCCAAAUGCUUAUAAUCCUGAUAAAUCUGACAAACUUCUCCACGAAUCAUCGCCUGCUUAUAGUUUCAGACCAAAAAUUGCUUCGGAUAAGCCUAGUGACACACCAGCGCCUAACAAUUAUGAUCCACAUUUGAUAGAUGGUACGCCCAAAUUUAGUUUAUACGGAAAAGGCCACGACCCCAAAACUUUUUUGACACCGGGGCCCAAUGCUUAUGAUCCCCACCUGCUAGAUGGGACACCAAAAUUUACAAUUUCGGGAAGACCUCACAAUGCUAAGCCAUCAGACGUACCGGCACCCAAUGCUUAUGAUCCUCAUUUACCUGACGAUGCCCCCAAAUUCUCUUUAGCUGGCAGAGGUCAUGAUGGAAAGCCCUCUGAUACACCAGGACCAAAUUAUUAUGAUCCCCAUUUACCUGACGACGCACCAAAAUUCUCUAUGGCUGGUAAAGGACACGACGGAAAACCCUCUGACACACCAGGGCCGAAUUGCUAUGAUCCCCAUUUACCUGACGAUGCACCAAAAUUCUCUAUGGCUGGUAGAGGGCACGAUGGAAAACCCUCUGACACACCAGGGCCGAAUUACUAUGAUCCCCAUUUACCUACAAAUUCCCCGAAGUACACAAUGUCUGGUAAAGGAGCUUAUGGGAAACCUUCUGACACUCCAGGCCCCAAUGUCUACGAUCCACAUCUACCUUCCAAUACACCUAAAUAUACCAUAUGUGGUAAAGGACCAGACUCUAAAGUUUCUGACAAUCCUGCACCUAACAAGUACGAUCCUCAUAUUUUGAGUAGUACUCCGAAAUUCACAAUGGCUGGCAAGGGGCAACCGGGAAAAGUUGAAAACUAUCCUGCUCCAAAUGCAUACAACCCAGAUAAGGGUGAUAGACUAUUGAUGGAGAGUUCUCCAGCAUAUUCAUUUAGAACUAAACAUCCAUUACAUAAACCUGAAGAUACACCUGGUCCUAAUGCAUACGAUCCCAGUAAGUACGACUACAUGUUAGAUGGUGCUCCUAAGUAUACUUUUGGCUCAAAAGGUCCAGCUGAAAAGCCAUCAAACAAUCCAGCUCCAAACGCUUACAAUCCAGAAAAAGCUGACGGCGUAACACAUGAACAUGCCCCGUGUUAUACAUUCCGACCAAAGAUUGCUAAUGAUAAAAUACCUAAUACGCCAGGUCCGAAUGCUUACAAUCCUGAAAAAGCUGAUGUUGUUACACAUGGUCACUCUCCAGCCUACUCUUUGGCCCCAAGAGGCAAGGAUGCUAAAAUAAAUGAUAAUCCUGCUCCUAAUGUGUACAGUCCGGAAAAAGCUGAUAGGAUUUUGUUAGAUAGUGCACCGCGAUACUCGUUCAGAAUCAAGACAAACCCUCAUAAGCCAGAAGAUGUUCCUGCACCCAACAGCUACAAUCCUGAUAAAGCUGACAAAGUGUUGCUGCAUUCCGCUCCUCAAUAUACGUUCAGAGUAAAGACUGACAUCGCGAAACCAGUUGACACUCCAGCUCCGAAUUCCUAUAAUAUACCGACGCCCGUGGAAACCCCGUUGUAUACAAUUUCGGGUAGACAUAAGGAACCGAUAGAUGAGCGGCUGAAGGUCCCAGCUCCAGGAACUUACAACCCCGAAAAGGGUUACAAGUUCAUUUUGACUUACUCUCCACAGCACACUUUUGGCAUUAAAAUACAAACAAUUAAAUUCGCUGAAACCCCUGCUCCGAAUUCAUACCGCAUCCCGUCUGUGUUGGACACUCCGGUGUACACGAUAUCGGGACGUCAUAAGGUGCCUGUGGACGACCGCACGCGAGUUCCCGCGCCUGGCACCUACUCCCCCGAAAAGGUGCAGAUGAACAAAACGCCGCAAAUAACCUUCGGCAUCAAACACUCGCCUUUGUUAGGACAACUGAGACCUUUAGAACCUCGUGCGACGGAGAGAACCACUUCAUCCACAAAUACUACUAAGGAAGUUAAAGUCACACAAGUUCAAAGAACUGUUACAAAACAGGUCCCGAAUCAAAUUGAAAACAAUAGAACAGUUGAUCACGAAAAUAUUGUUGAUACUAACGAGACUAAUCAAGUCUAUGACUCGCGUGCUCAUGUCACGCAGGUAAGACAUGACAAUGAGAUUAGAAGUACAACGGUUUCACCCGAACCUGUUCAGCAUCAAGAAACACUUACCCAAGAAAUUGUGUGGAUUUCUGAGAAGCCCGUGCGCCGUGGAUCCUACACCAUCGAAAAGAUCGAUGGAAACGGCUUUUAUGAGAACUACCAGAACAGUGACGUCAUUCCAGUUGAAAACGGAGUUAUUAGAACAACUGAACAAGGAGAAAGAGGUGCCCGGUGUUCAGAGGAGAGAAGUAACGAAGUGAUUAAAAGGGACGGUUACGAACAAAAUAUUGAAAAGAAUGUGAGGAAUGCCACAGCUCAUGAGAAAAAACAGGCAGCUACUGAAGAAGUAAGGUCUAAUACUGAUGUCCAGAAACUUGCCAAUGGUGGUAUUUCAAAGACGACGACCACAACUACUAUAAGGAAGGUGGGUACUGCGGCCAGAACGGCUAAUGAGACCACUGCAGUGACUCGUACAGCUACCGUGGUGACGUCACGCGAUAUUGGCGUGAAGUAACGCAACCCAAGAGUAUGGCGUCCAUUUAGCUGUAAUGUUGAUCCUACUUAUUAAUAACCUACAAUAUUUUCGUAGCGAUUAACAAUUAAGUCGCAUUGAUCUUUUUAUGAGACGAAAGCUUUAUUCUAUUUUAAUGCAAGCUAUUUUUAUUAAUUUAUUUCAAUAAAUGUUUCUGAUUCGUCUUUCUAUCCAUAUAAUAGAAAGACGAUAUCUCUUGAUUUACAACUUUUAUCUAAGUUUCUUUAUAACUCCAUUGAGAUUUGAUUAUAAGGAGAAAUAUUUUUCGACAAUUAACAUUAAGAACUAAUAUUGUUACAUUAUGAAAAUUUUAUUAAUUUAAUAAAGUUUUUAUUACAAACUGUUAUUUUCAAUGAGUUUUACGUUCGUAACAGUUAUUUUUCACAAUGUGAAAAACUUGCAUAUUCAUAGCACAAAUUACUAAAGAUUCUUUUCCCUUCCAAUUUAACUGGUUUUUAUGGUCGGUCGGCAAUCGAGCAGACGGAUUACCUGAAGCUAUCAACGCC